UGUUCGUGGCCGCAGGAAGAAAGUAAUCGAUGGAUCAAAUGACGCCGUCUUAUCAAGUUCCAUCCUCCAGAGCCGAAUUUCAGAGCGAACGGAGAAGCACAACCUUUUAAAGGCUCAUGGAUGCGAAAGGAUGAACUUGGGAUGAACGCACGUUCACCUACUUAUAUACGUAACCUCCACUGGCUCCUGGUCAGAGUACCUAAUAUUUCACCUCGUACCACCUCAGGCUCCCGGUCAGGGUGCCUAUUUCAACUUGUACUACCAUCAUCGAUAACGAUCAAUCUGUAUUCACGAUGAGUACAAUCGAGCCAGUUUUCCGCAUCAUUCCCACUAUUCAGAACUACGAUUGGGGGAAGAAGGGAAAGGACUCCAAGGUUGCGGAGUUUGCUUCUGGGGCUGGAAUACGUGGAUUUACUUUGAACCAAUCCGUUCCUUACGCAGAACUUUGGAUGGGCACACAUGUGAAAUCGCCGUCAGGAGUGGUUGAUAGGCAGCAGAACCUUACCCAGAUCUUGACUGAGAACCCAGACUUGAUUGGGGACCAGGUAUCCCAGCGGUUCGACACGACAAACGGAAACCUCCCCUUCUUGUUCAAGGUCUUGGCCAUUGGCAAGGCCCUAAGCAUACAAACUCAUCCUGACAAGAAGACAUCAGAGAAACUUCAUGCCGAGCAACCAACAGUUUACACUGAUCCGAACCACAAGCCUGAGAUGGCCUUGGCGUUGACAGAUUUCAAGGCGCUGUGCGGUUUCAUGCCGAUCGAGAGGAUCGCUGAAUACGUCAAAGCCGUUCCCGAAUUCAAUUCACUAAUCGAUCCAUCUAUCGUGACAGAAUUCCUGAACUGUACCAAUUUGUCUGAGUCGGAGCGGAAGGCAGUCCUUAAGAAGCUCUUUGCAGCACUCAUGACCGCUGACGUUUCCGAUAUUGCAACACAACUUCAGACACUCGUUGCGCGUUACCAACGCGGAGGUCAAAAACCUCUAGAAGAGGAUGUCAAGGACCUUGUCCUGACAUUGAGUGAGCAAUAUCCCGGGGACGUCGGAGUAUUCUGCGCAUUUAUGCUGAACUACGUCCGAAUGACUCCUGGGCAGGCUAUUUUCCUGGGAGCUGGAGAGCCCCAUGCUUACGUUGAAGGCGAUAUUAUGGAGUGCAUGGCCAAUUCGGACAAUGUCAUUCGCGCAGGUCUUACCCCUAAGCCCAAAGACAUUCCCAAUCUUGUAUCGGUUUUGACCUAUACGCCAUCAGGUUGGCAGAAACAUAUGGUCAAACCAGUUGACAUCGCACCACACACUCGCAAAUAUGACCCUCCAAUCCAAGACUUCACGGUUCUCCAGACUGAAACUCACGAGGCUAUUCCAGGUCCUUCAAUCGCCAUCGUCACCGAAGGUUCCGGCUGGGUAAGCUGGAGUGGCGGCGAGUUAGAUUUACAGGCUGGAAGCGUCAUCUUCGUGGGAGCUGAAACAAAGAUAAAGAUCACUACCGGAGACUCCAACUUGGUUGUAUUUCGCGCGUAUGUCACAGCCUAG